CCGCGGCGGCGGCCCUGCCAGGAGCGCGCACGUCGCCGCCACGGCUCCCUGCAGCUGCUUGGCCCGGCUUGGCUCGGCUCGGCCCGCUCCGCCGCCUGUGUUUCCUUGCUUGCCCGUCAGCCUGCCUGCCAGGGAGGCCGCAAGCCGGGGGCCGCGGGGAGGGGCCCAGGGCCCCGCCAGGCAUCGCUCCGGCCCUCGUCCAGCCGCGCGCCUGACGGACCCGCCGCCGCCGCGUCCCCAUCCCCCCCACGCUGAAUCCCGCAGAAAAUGAUGCAUCCUGUUGCCAGCAGUAACUCCCCUUUUUGUGGGACUGGAAAGAGUUCUUGCCUUAAUGAUGACAACGUAACGCCUACUGAUCAGUUUGAUUUAUACUCCACACAACAAACCAAGUAUAGCCACACAGUCAGCCACAAGCCAAUACCAUGCCAGAGACCUGAUGCAUUAAAUGAACCACACUUGCAAACCACAAGUGGCAGGAGUAUAGAGACGAAAGAUGAACUAAAGAAAAAGAAGAACCUCAACAGAUCUGGUAAACGUGGAAGACCAUCAGGGACCACAAAAUCAGCAGGAUACAGAACAAGCACAGGUAGACCACUUGGGACCACCAAAGCAGCUGGAUUUAAGACAAGUCCAGGCAGACCCUUGGGUACAACUAAGGCUGCAGGAUACAAAGUCAGCCCAGGGAGACCACCAGGUAGCAUUAAAGCUCUAUCACGACUUACGAAUCUAAGUUAUACUUGUAGCAGUGCAGCUUUCCCCUACGCUGUGGUGCAUAACAGAGGGGUGCAUGCUGCUGGUGAAACAAGUAGCAAAAUCAAGCAACCCAGUGAGUGGAAAAAGGAGGAAUUAGAUAACAUUUCCUAAGUAAUUCUUUUUAAAUUAUCUGAGUUGUGGCAUGUUUUUUCACUACUUUUGUAACUUUUCCAUUGCCUUCUUUCCUACAUUUUUAAACAGAUAUCAUAUCUUAAAUCACUUAAUGUUUCUCAUGUUUACAAGAGGACUCCUCAGCGAUGCUCUUGUGUUUCCAGAAAGCGAUUUCUAAUACUCUAAGUGUCAAAGUUAAUGUCUGGCCAUUUUGGUUGUUUGCUUAUUCAGUUACCAAUCCAUAUUGCAGUGUUUUGGUUCCUAAGUUAUUUACAGCCCAAUCCAGAGGGCACAGCGGCUAGGGAAGGUGUUGCUUCCACGCUGCUGCAUCAUGUCCAAAAGGGGCAUGGGAAUGCUCAAAAAGAAAAAAAACAACAACACACCAGCUGCCUGAAAAGCGCCAGUGGAGCAAAAUGGACUUAUGCCACACUUUCAUAUGGUAUACAUCUGUGGCUGGAGAGGGGACAUUCCUGGGCUGAAAGCCGGGUGGAAGCCAAUUAAAGUCAACUCCACCCUCAGGAAUACCCCAGCCCCAGUCGUGCUGCCAUCCUCUGGUAUGCUGAUGCGGCUCUGGAGGAGGCAGCAUCUUCCAGGUCAGGUUCCAUGGAGCGAUGUGGUGCCUGCUCACCACCCUGUUUGCCCUCCCUGCCAGUGUAGUUGCCACUUAUGCCAAUUGGAUGGGCAAGUGCAUCAGUGCGGGCUCAUACCAUUCCCAGGAUGUGCUUCAUCCCACCCCCCCCAAUUGGGCUACCCAGGUCACAAGAAAGUCUUAGUUAAAAAUAAGUCAGGACAGAUUAAGAGAAAUCUGUUGUACCAAUAACAGCCGUAAAUAUUUUACAAUAUAUGUGUUCACUUUUUUUAAAAGGGAAGGGAGAAGAAAAAGAAUGGAAUUUUCCACAAUUGCUGGAACUUAACACUGACCUCAGAUAUCUGUAGAUGCUUUGAGAACUAUAUUUUUUUGAAAAAGUGAUCAUUCCAGGCAGUCGUUUAGUUAAAAUAUCAGUUUCAAUAAACUCAAGCAGUUUUUCAAAAACAUUUCAUGUAGCAUCUGAGCUAUAUUCUGUUUUGCCAUGAAAAUAUGGUAGCUCUCUUAGUUAUUCUAACUAAUGAAUACCGACUUGCAAUUUAUAAAAGCCUAAAACUAUAUAUACCAAAUUGUUUUAUAGGCAUUUUAAAAAAAGAUUAUCAGACACUUAAUACGCAGCCAUAAUAAACGUGGCUGAAAAGCUGUACUAUCCAGUUGAUUUCAGUGAUGUUUGUUAUAUGCAAGUAUGUGCAGAAUUGUGUCCUGUAUUCCAAAAUCUGUCAGCAAAUAGGAAUUCUAAUUGACUUAAUAUAUGCACAAAUGGUAGCAGUUGUUAGGAUUUCAAAUCUUUGAUGUGGUUGAAAAUUAUUCUUUUGAGAUAGAUGACAUUGACAUUUUUAAUCAUUUUUCCAGUAGGACUCUUUAUUAGUUAUCACAUAUACUGUAUCUAAAACAGCAUAUAUCUACCAAAGGAUGACAUUUAAUAGUUCAUAAAUGAGAACUACGCAGUUGAUGUCCAAACAAGUUGCUAUUUGAUGUGUUUAUGGACCCCAUAUAUACAACAGACUGUAUAGGAAUACAUCUAUGCAUGGGAGGCGCAGAAUUAUAAUUUUUUUGAUAUUUUGUGCACCUAAAAAGAAAUGUUCGCAUUGAACUAGAUUUGUUUUUUAAAUGUGUGUAUGAGAGACAAUGUAUAAUGCACACAUUAUGUUGUAUGAAAAAUCUCUCAUUAUUGAAUAUAUUCCAAAUAUUCCUUGCUUACAUCUAACAUUUCAUUCUGAAAAUAAAUUUACAUAUAAUUGUAGAUUAAAAUUCUAAAUUUGUAUCCUCAAAUACACGAGAGGGGGUUAUAAAUAAAUAUUUGCAAAAUCAUGGGGACAGAACUCUUUCAGGUUAAUGAGAUUGAUGAAAAUUAACAGUAUUGAUUCCUUUUUUCUUUGUGAGAUAAAUGUUGUGGCCUGCUGACAUGUUGAUGACACUCUGAUUUCAGUAAUGACAACUUAAGAAAUGAAUGUCAUUUCAUGCCUUUUUUAUCAGGAAAAAAAGCAGCAAGCCUCCAGGUGUUCCAGUGAUGCCUAACUCAUAAUGAGCUGGACUUUAUGCUGUAUUUUAUAAUAGAUGUGUUGAAUUGAUUUGGGGGAACUAUGUAUGCACUGGCAACCAUGAACCUCAACAGUACUGGAAGGCUCUUUAGUCAUGUAAACUGAUGGCAGCUAAACUGCUAAAAUAGUUUUUUGCUGAAACUAUGAAGCUCUUUAUAUAUUUUGUUCUUCAAGAAACUUCAGAAGUAUGACAUCUUUUUAUUAAUGUUUCCCACAGUGGUGCAACUUCUGUCACAUACUAUGUUAAUGUGAGCUUAUUCACCCUCAGGAUAUAUAUUGUGCUGGCUGUUUUGUUAGAUGAUUUUUUCCCAACCAAAAGGCUGCUUCAGACCCUUUCUGAACUUUCUCUUGGGAAGCAGCUGAAUGUAAAAACUACAGGAAUGGCAUACCUUAUUGGCAAGAAGAAAGUUGCAUGUCACCAGUGUACCUUUGAAUAACCUACUUCUGUUUUUCUCUUUUUAUAUCUCUUGCUUCUCACUUGUGUGCAUCUACUCAGUGGUGCGAUGCAGUGUGUUAGGAGACAAUGUAGGUGCACUAUUGCUCUAAUGUAAUGAAUUUCGUAUUCAAGUUUGAUGAGAAAAUAAUGAAAUCAUCUAAGCUAUUUAUGCUAAUUUCUAGUUCUCGUUAAAAGCUCGAGUUGUGAGCUGCAUAAAUGAAAACAGGAAAAAAGUUUCUUUAAAGGGCAGUUUGACACCCUGGAUUUGUCAGUGAGGCCAGAAGAACACUGUUGGGCAUUUCUAGAUUCCAGUUUAUUUUAUCCUCUGCUGCGGUUUACAAGUGCCAUGCUGGGGGUGGGGGGUGGGGGGAGAGAAGUCAAGAACCUGAGAUGUUUGAAUGGUAUAUUCAAAUAUUUUUGCUACUCAUGUAUAUAGUCUUCAGAAUACAUUACACUUUUCUUUUUUGUAACUGUCUCUUGCCAUGACAAACACUGAAACAGCAUGUUAAUUACUAUACGUUGAUAUUAUUGGAAAGUGAGGGAGGGGGCCUCUUGCCCCGAUAGUAUUACUAGAUGAUUUAUAACAGUGGUACUCACUCUGCAGCUAACAGACAGCCACAUUUGCAAUUACCACCAUACAGAAGCCACAUUAUUAUUGUAUGCCCUGUGAGCCACCCACCAAACAUACACUCACAACAAUAUAACUAUAAAUAUUAAAUGUAUAACUAUAGCUUUUAAAUUACAUCUGAGCAUGCAGGGUCUCUCCCCAACACUGCCAGCCCUUGGGUACAUGGAAGAGGACUUGCAUGUCAGGAUUGUGGCACAGAAUUGUGCAAGCAUUUAUGUUCUCUGGAGUUCUUUAUUGACUGGCUGUUCAAAAAAAUGCUUCACCAUGUUAAAACUGCCCUUAAAGUUGAAUUCUAAUGUUGAAGGCGACGGAUAAUUAGAAUCUCACUCUGUUCUAAGCAGUCAACAAUGGUAAGCCCCGUUCUACUACAUUGUUUAGCUGCAUGUAUCAAUCUAGUCUCUUAACACAGAAAUCCCUGCAUGACCUUAAAAUAAUCCAUCGUAGGUUGUGCUGUGUUUUAAAAAUACAAGUGUCAGUUUUCAUGAUUAAUAUGGGCUCAGGAUGAAUACUUCAGUUUCUAAACAGCUGCUUGUAACUUUCCCUUCUUUCUUCAUCUCAGAAAUCAGAUAGGGCUGGAUGGCUUGAGAACCACCAUAUUCAGAUUCUCCUGAUCCAGGGAUUGUGGAGAUGCUAACAAGAUCAUUCUGUGCAUGUUUACUCAAAAGUAAAUCCUAUGUUGUUUAGUGGGACUUACACUCAGGUAAGUGUGCAUAGGAUUGAAGACUAAACGAUACACUUGCAGAUGUGUGAGGGUUUAGAAGAUGUCUGAAGCUCAAUGAACUACUAGCCAGCUGAAUUUUCAGUGGACUCUGCAGAGGAAAGGAUGGACAAAAUACCUGUGUUUUCUCUGUUUGCUUUGCCUUGUGGUGGGGAGUGAGCAAGAAGGCAGAAAUGUAAGUAACGGACACUGAGGCUUCGACUUAGGAGCCGGGUUGGGUUGGGCCAUCAGUGUUUUAAAGGGCUCAGAGCUCAAGUGAGAAAGAUAUGGCCAGGGGUACUGUGUUUCAUGUGAGGCAGAGAGCAGGAAGGCAGCGAGAGAAGGAGCAAUGUGAAGCUUCUCUGCCCAAAAAGCCUGUGAACCGUUUACUUCUCAGCCUUCUCACUGUCUCACCAGCAUAAGACAUAGCAGCUCAGGUGACACAGUGAAAUUGUCAUGGUGUCUGGAGGAAAACUAACUGAUUGUGGACAAGAAAGAAUAAAAUCAUCACUCUGCCAUGGUCAGCUUGCUCUUUUCCUGGAUGGCUGCUGUGGAUAAUAAGUUUUUUAAAUUUUAUUUUAUUAAAUUUAUAUCCCUCCCUCUUCCCAACCAAGGUCUAGCUCAGGGCAGCUUACAGGGCUUUAAAACAUCAAUAAUACAAUAAACCCCAUAUAAAUAUAACACAGCUAAAGCCUCAACAUUGAAUCUAAUUGAUGGCGAUUUAAACAGUAUUGUCUUUAACCCAUAAUAUAUAACCCCAUCUCAGCAAUUUACAGCAUCCGAGAGUGGGUAGAGCAGAAAAAAAGGGGAGCAUAUUUGUCAUUUAUAGACAGUUGGUCAAUGGUGAUAGAUGGGAGGCCAGCAAGAUGGCGUAGCAGACAUCAGGUGGCCUCAACCAAAGGCCCAGUGGAACAUCUCUGUCUUACAGGCCCAACAGAACUGUAUAAGAUCCUACAGGGCCCUGGUUUCAGCCGACUGAGCUCUAUCAGCCGACUGAGCUCUGGUUAAAGUCAGCCUGAUGUUCCUGGUACCAGGGACUACUAGAAGACUGUUAGUGGAGGACCGAAGUGUCUUCCAGGGGCAAUAUGAGCUCUUCUCUUGUUCUGGUUAUUGACCAGGUACAGGGAUGAAAGUGCAGAAGCUGCAGAGAAGAGUCAUAGAAGCAUGUAACACUGCAGUUGCUCUGGCAGUGGCUGUUCAAGAUGGGAACCACCUACCAAUAACAAGCAGCACCAGACCUUGCCUGUUUCCCUUGAAAUACAGAGUUGGUGCCACAUUGAGCAGUGGUGCUCAGAGGAGCCAUAGAUAUCAUGUCAAAGAAUCAUACAUGUCUCCUGAGCCACUGAGUGAGUAUCACUGAUUUAUAAAGCAAAAUGGAUCAUUUUUAUAUUAUAUACCUUAAUUCUGCUCUUCAUAAGCUAAGAUUGUUGAUGUGUAUUGGCAUUGUUCAGAAAAUCUACAUGUCACAUUUAUGUUCAUUUUAAAUUUUGGUUAAAUAUAGAAUUUUUAGUUUGUUUCGUCUUUUAAUAAUGCAUUUAGCACAUUUAAACAUUAAUAAGGAUCUGUAUUACAGUCAAUAUUUUAAAAACACAAAUUGCUGUUCACUUUCUUAUGAAAUUUACUUAAACUGUAGAACCAAAAAACUUUACUGGUAUUUUGAAGUCUUGCACUGGAUAUUUUCAAAUUAUUGACACACAUCGGCGGACGUUUCAUAACAAAGAUGCUAACUGUAGUGACAGUAGCACUUUUUUCUUUUUAGACUGGCAAUUUUUUCUGUGUGCAAUUCAGCUAUUUCAUGUGCAUGAUUUUUUGAAGAUAAAAUGUCAUUGAUCAGACAUUGUUUUGUAGUGGUCCAUUUUGAUUAUGCUUCAGAGUUUCUUUUAGUUGUAAACUAACCUAGACCAGUCAAAAUAAUACAAAAGGGAUGAAAAAUUCCUUGGUCCAUGAUGCAGAAGAUCUUUGAUAUUAGAGCAUUUUUUCCAUUGUGAAGGAUUUUGAAAGGCAGGAUAAUGGAUAUUGCCAGUAUUUACUUCCUAAGUUGUCAUUCUUUUACUGUAUGUACAGUGCAGUAUCAUGCCACUUAUUAAAUACAAAGCAAUCGCUUGCUUUAUGAUCACACAGCACUUCUUUGUAUUAUGCAUAUAUUUUUAAAUAGCUCAAAACAUUAUAAAUACAUAUCAAAAAAUACUAUAGCAGCCUUUCCUUAUGAUUUUCCCCCAAAUAGAUAAAUCUAAGUUCUGCAGUGUGUAAUCUGUUUCAUCUUGAAAGUAAUAGUCAUGUUAUCAAAAUUCAAGAAAUGCUUAAAAUUUAAGUGGGCCAUUCUAAGGUUUUUUCAUGACUUCUUUUGAUGGGAACAAUACCCAUUAAAUAUCAUCACCCUGUCUUCUGCUGUAUAAAGUCUGAUUAGAUACUGUAUAUGUUCUUACGUACAUGAACUUCAGCUACUCGUGUGCAAUUAAUUGUCUGUAUGGGAAUGGAGUAGUGUUCAUGAUCUGUAUUUACGUCAUCAUAUGGAUGUAUAUUUAUUAAUAAAGUAAUUGCAUUAAACACUAAA